AUGAGUGAAGCAAUACCGAAAAAGAGGAGAAGGGGGAAGGAAGAAGAAGACUACGAUGGAGACGGAGCAGUAGAUGGAGACUUCAUCCAUAGGUGCAUCAAACUCAAAGAUCCUGAAAUGAUACAUAUGACCAUUCGACAGCGUCGCUACUGGGAAUUCACGCACACAGAAGACGGGACACUAAACUACCACAUUCCACACAACUGGCUUGAAUUCUUUACCUACGCAAUCAAAGGAACUGAUGGAACGCCCGGUAAAACUGUAAGGUGGGAUAAAGUGGACACCAUUGCAGAAAAUUUCGGCUUAAAAAUCCACAAAGCAGGCAUAGUGAUGCAUUCUCUUAUUCCUUUGCAGCAAGCCCUUACAGUGCAGUCAGGAACAGCUGUAGAAACGCUCACCAUGAAUACAACGCCGUACUUGGAAAUAUACAAACACUCAAAUUGCACUUACGCUUCUUGUCAAUCGAAAGAUGAAAGUACUUUUGCGUUAAAAGAUUGGCUGUGGAAUCCCCAGAUACAAUAG